AUGGCUUCAAUGACAUGGGGAGAGUUUAGGAGACUGUUUCAGGCUGAAUACAAAACAAUGGAUCGGGUUCAUGAAAAGAUCCAAGAGUUUAUCAGUUUGAAGCAAGGGUCUAGUAUGGGUUCUCUUGGUUGUACGCCUGAUGUAAUUACAUCUAGGACUUUGAUUACGGGGUUGUGUCGAACAGGAAAUAUCACUGUUGCCCUUCAGUUAUUUGAAGAAAUGCUUCGUGGGAAGGGUGAGUUUGGCGUCACUUGUAAGCCUAGUAUUGUUACUUGCAAUAGUAUUAUUGAUGGUCUUUGCAAAUAUGGGUUAAUAGACAAGGCAAAAGAACUAUUUUUAGAAAUAAAGACUAGGGGCACUAACCCAGACGUGGUUACUUACACCUCUCUAAUUUGUGGUUUGUGUAAUACAUGUAACAGGGAGGAGGCUAAAACUUUGUUUAUGGAGAUGUUGGAUGAAGGUGUACAACCUAAUGUAGAAAAAUUUAAUGUGGUAAUGGAUGAACUUUGUAAGAAUGGGAAGAUGGACGAAGCCAAUAGAUUGCUCCAACCGAUGAUUAAUAGAGGUGUUCAUCCCAACACAAUUACUUAUUCCACAAUUUUGAGCGGUUAUUGCUUGGAAGGUAGAAUUGACGAUGCAAGAAAGCUAUUUGAUUCUAUGGCAAAUCAUUAA